CUUGUGAGGAUCCGAAAAUGAAUGAAUAAUUUUUACUAGGGUUUGCUUAACUUUCAUGCUUAAGAGCUACAUUGGAGUUUUCUUUAAUACAACUUCACUUUGUUUUUCUAAUCAAUAUGUAAUUAAAAACGGAAGUAGUUUUAUUUUUGUUUAUUUAAUCAAUUAUUAGAUGACCAUUUUAAAUCAUGCAACAAGCGUUACAGGGAUCUUGCUACUUUAACUGCCCUCCCAUUACCCCCCGACCUCGCAUUGUACUACAAUGAGAUUCAUACUUGUAAUUUUUCAACUAUUCUAAUGAAUGUCGAGUAUAUCUGGCACAUAUUUAUUUUACGUCAUAAACGGGGCCAAUCCGUGUCGCCAUGAAUUUAUUUUGACCUAUCUCGCUUGCCGUCGUUUGUUUUGGGACUUUUAAGGACAUGCAACAAAAAUUCCAGCAAUCUGGGCACCUGAAUUUAACUUUUUUGUUUUAUCGCCGCGUCAAUAAAGUUCUAAUCCGGUCCGAAUUUUGCACGAACAUCCCAUGGCUCUUUGGGUGAAGCUAACUGUAGCCGCGUUUCUGGCUUUCGCGUUUCACACAUUCUCCGAUUUGAGUCACAUGCCCAUUCUCUACAACAGACAGGUUCGAAAUGGCGAGCCAUUUAAAAGCACCGUCCGCGAUAGACUCGAACCACGGGACUAUUAUUUGGCCGUCCAACCCUCGCGUUGCAAUAUGUCUCCGGAAAGUCGCUUCGACUGUGCCCGGGACCGAGCGCUUAGUCGCCGAGAGUGUGAAGAGCGGGCUUGUUGUUACUCUCCUCUCAACGACUCGUCAAAAGCUCCGUGGUGCUUCUACCCUUAUUCCUACCCUGGCUACAAAAUGGGUGUCUUGACGCCUACCGAGCGAGGCCAGGCUGCCACUUUGACCCGGGCCUCCCCCUCUUACCUACCUCGAGAUGUGGCCACUCUCCACCUGGAAGAAAGUCAAGAGUCUGAAGGCUGCUUGCGCCUCACUUUGAAGGAUCGAUGGUCGGACCGGUAUGAAGUUGAACUCCUAACUGGAGUCCCUCAGGGCAAAAUUAGUCGUCAAGAUGCCCUGUAUACCACUGAGUACCAGUCCAACCCUUUUGGAUUGGUUGUGAGGCGGGCAUCCAAUGGAAGGGUCAUCAUGAAUAGCACGGUGGCCCCUCUGCUUUUUGCUGACCAGUAUCUGCAGUUGUCCACCACUCUGGCCUCCUCGCUGGUGUCAGGCCUCGGGGAGCAUUACACGUCUCUCCUCCUGGACCUUAACUGGACCUCCCUGACUCUCUGGAACAGGGACAUGGCUCCUCAUGCUGGUGCAAACCUAUAUGGCUCGCACCCAUUCUAUGUGGUACAGGAGGGGGACGGACUGGCCCACGGGGUGUUCCUACUCAACAGCAAUGCCAUCGAAGUCAUCUUGCAGCCUCUGCCAGCUCUGACGUGGGUGUCCACAGGUGGAAUCCUAGACCUGUACAUUUUAAUGGGUCCCGACGCGCAGACCGUUAUACGUCAAUAUCUGCAAGUUAUCGGUUAUCCCAUGAUGCCUCCCUAUUGGUCGUUGGGCUUCCACCUUUGUCGCUGGGGCUACAAAAGCACUAAUAUCACUCGGCAGGUGGCUCGGCGAAUGCACGAUGCUAACUUCCCCAUGGUACCUUCAUGUUACAUGAACCUGAUGAUGCAGUGGAAUGACCUGGAUUACGCAGACAAAGGUAGGAUCUUCACCAAUGACCCCUUGCAAUUCGGGGACAUGACAGAAAUGGUGGAGGAAUUUCACCUAAGAGGCUUGAAGUACGUCCUCAUCCUGGAUCCUGGGAUCAGUACAACUUCUCCUCCAGGAAUGUACCGUCCCUUCGAUGAUGGACUCAAGCGAGAUGUAUUCAUCAAAAAUGCCACCGGUCAACUCUUAAUAGGCAAGGUUUGGCCUGGUGCGACGGCGUUCCCUGACUUUACCAACCCGGAGACCAGACGGUGGUGGGAAGACUUAAUUGUGGAGUUUUAUUCGAAAGUGCCAGUAGAUGGAUUAUGGAUUGACAUGAACGAACCAGCCAGUUUCGUUUCGGGCUCACUGGAGGGUUGUCCUGACACAGAGCUUGAGAACCCGCCGUACACACCCAGGGUGGUCGGAGGCCGCUUGAGUGCUUUCACUAUUUGUAUGUCGGCUCAGCAAAAUGUAUCCACUCACUACAACCUGCACAACAUGUACGGACUGACUGAAGCUUUUGCCACACACAGAGCUCUGGUAAAAGCGCGCGGGAAGAGGCCAUUUGUCCUGUCUCGCUCUUCCUUCCCAAGCAUCGGACGCUUCUCCGGAGUGUGGACGGGAGAUGUUAGAAGCAACUGGGAGCAACUUGGAUAUUCCAUCCCUUCGGUGCUGAAGUUCAGCCUCUUCGGGGUGCCCCUGGUCGGCGCGGACAUCUGCGGCUUCGGGGGUGACACCACCGAGGAGUUGUGCGUGCGCUGGAUGCAGCUCGGGGCCUUCUACCCCUUUAUGAGGAACCAUAACGAUCGGCAAUAUGCUCCUCAGGAGCCUUUCGUAUUUGGCCAGAAGGCCCAGGCGGCCAUGCGGAGUGCGCUGAAUCUUCGUUACUCUCUUCUGCCGUUUCUCUACACGCUCUUCCAUCACGCGCACACCUCUGGAGACACGGUGGCCAGGCCUCUCUUCAUGGAGUUUCCCACUGACCCUCACUGUCAGAUCAUAGACCGACAAUUCCUCUGGGGGAGUUCUCUCCUUAUCAGCCCAGUCCUCAAGGAGGGUGCCAUGGAAGUGGCCGCUUACCUGCCUCCCGGCAUCUGGUACAACCUGCACAGUGGUCAGGCGUCGUACAGUACAGGCGAGUACCUGCUUCUGUCUGCCCCGCUGGACACCAUUAACGUCCAUUUGAGGGAGGGGCACAUUGUGCCCCAGCAGGAGCCAGCUUUAACGACAACAGUCUCGCGCACAAACCCCUUCCUCCUGACGGUGGCGCUGUCAGCGGGAGAUCGUCCACGCAAACAGUCCAUUUAG